AUGAGUUUUGGAAUAGAUAUGUUAAAAUAUAAAAUUAAUGAAAUUAUUUUAUGGGGAUUUUCACUUGGAAGUGGCCCUGCUGUUCAUCUUGCUUCUAAAUAUAAAAAUAUUAAAGGGUUGAUUUUGGAGGCUCCAUUAGCAUCUGUUUAUCUUUUCUUGGAAAAAUAAGUAGAUAUUAAUUAUUAAGAUUAAGAAAGUGAUAUCUAUGGAAACAUAUGGAAAAUUGGAAAAGUCUAAUGUUCUAUUAUGCUUAUUCAUGGAAAAAGUGAUGAAUGUUUGAUUAUAGAUGAAUUAAAGCAUAAUGAUUUGAAAUAACUUUUAUUGAUUAAAAAAUCGGUAACUUCUUCUAAAUUAAAAGAGUUUAUUGAAUAAGUAAAUAAUUUGGAAUAUUUAAAGACAGAUUAUUCGUAAAUAAAUUAAAAUGAAUAGAACCAAAUUAUAUAAGAGUAAGAAAUUUUAAAAGAAUAUAAUUAUUAAAUAAUAACAGAUUAUUUUGUUGAUUGA